CCUGAGAAGCUGCAGGCGGAGAUAAUUUAUCACUGAGAGGACGCACCGAUUAAUGCUUCUCUACAGACUCCAACAGACCAGCUGAGCAUGAAGAUGAAGCUGCUUUUCUUCUGCACCGUGAUGGUACUGACUGUCACCAACGGUUCACAGCAUGCUUGGCCAGAUCCCACCAGAGGUGGUUCUGGGGUCAAUUUGAACGGGAAGAUGUUCACUUUGUCCCGUUAUAAUGGAGGAUUUGUCCUCUUUUCACCUUAUCUACCUUCCCCCUGGGCGUCUACUCCAUCAUACCAAACGACAGGUUACACCUCCGGCUACUACUCCACCUCCACACCCAGCUACACCCAAACCAACACAGGCAAAACAGAAACAUCCGGCAGUUUCACACACACCAAAGUUUACACCACUCGCCCCACCACCACUUACCCUUCAUGGAGCACAGCUCCUACCACUAGAGGUGUGUCAGUGUGUUUGCGGUACAUCACAGACUCUCAGAGCUCCAUCUUCACCCUCAGUCCAUCCAGCUCCCGUCUGAGGCUGAAUGUCGAUGGAGCGUUCAUAUACAGUCUGACCAACGGUUACAACAAUGUGUACCUACGGCCCAGCAUCAGUCUCUGGUCUGGUCUAAGACCAAGCAUGUGGACCAGCAUCUGCAUCACUAUGGACACCGUGAAGGGUGUGGUUCAGAUGUUCAGAGACUCAAGCAUGAGCAUCAGGAAGCGGCUGACUUAUAGGUACAUGUGGUCAGGUGAGCCUGUGAUUGAUUUCUCAGAUUUUGAAGGUCAGGUGAGUGACGUCCAGGUGUGGGAUUAUCCUCUCCGUUAUAAAGAAGCCUUCUACUACAUGAGCAGCGGUUUAUAUGGGUCAUACCAGGGUUCUGUACUCAACUGGUCCCACGUCAGCUACUCUGUGACAGGGAUGACGCUGUUGGAGGACAGCUACGAGCAGCAGAUGAGGCAGCUGAAUGAGAAGGAAAAGCCCAGGAAGCUUCACCACAUGAAGGAGAGCAAAGGAAGAGAGAGAUUUGAUGUUUAAUACAAGCUGAACAAGGCAUCUUAUCUGAACAUACAAUGAAUAUAAAAGUUCAUUAAAAUCUGCACUCAUCAAAAUAUUCACAAAAUCAUAUUGUGGGCUUAAUCAAGUUUGUGCAUUUUUCUUCACAUAUUAAUUUUAGCUUUAUGCUAUAAUAAAGUGAUUUAUGAAAUACAA